AUUUGUGAAGGCUCUGCAUAAAUUCAAAGCGACUCUAUUCAAAUCAGCACUGAGACUCUGAGAGAGAGAGGGAUGGGAGAGGACAUUAGCAUGGUAGAAGAAGAGGAAAUAGCAGCAGCAGCAGCUGUUAAUGCCGCCGAGGAAGUAGUGGUAGAAGAAGAAGAGGAAGACGAUGACGAUGACGGUCCUCCGCCUGGAUUCCAGUGCAUUCUCACUCUUCAGCCGCCGGAUUACGACGACGAAGACGAAGAGGAUGGACCGCCGCCUGGAUUCGACUUCGUCGCCCCCGAACCCCCUCAAUUACUUCCUUCUUCUGAUAUGACAAGCAGCAAACAAGACGACAUGGAUGAAGAUGAUGAUGAUGACGAUGAUGAUGGGCCACCACCUGGAUGGGAGUUUGGUAAACUUGUAAAUGCAUUGGAAAACACAACACCAGGCCCAAUAGAUGUAAAGGAGGAGAGCAAUGAAGACUUAGAUGAAGGUCCACCACCUGGAUGGGAGUCAGUGCUGCCGUGUCAGAUGCCACAACCACAAACACCACCACUGCAGCCGCCAUCAACUGUGUCUUCCAUACCAGAGACAGCUAACUUGGACAUUUUAGAUUGUGAAAUGGGAAGCAAACCAAAAACUACAGAAAUGGAUGAUGAAAUGCAUCAAUCCGAAUCAGAAAAGAUGCCCACGCCAGGGCAGUCUUCGCCAGCUACACCUCCAACACAGCAGCUGCUGUUAUCCGAACAACCUUCUGUAAACAAUGAAGAAGAAAAUAAGAAUGAGGAGAAGAGACCAACACCUAUGCUCCAGCCUGCAUCUCCUCUUCAACAGCUUCAGUCAAAGCCACACUCGUUGACGCCAGUGCCUAAAUCAUCAUCUUCUGCAGAGAAAGCACAGCUAGUUUGUGGUACAUGCCGCAAAUUGUGUCUAUAUCCGCAAGGAGCAAAGUGGAUUAGAUGCCCAGGAUGCCAGGAAGUCAAUUUCGUCCUAGCAGCCCAUGAAGUUGGCCAAGUAAAUUGCGGAGGCUGUGCAGUGCUCCUUAUGUAUCCACAUGGAGCACCAGCAGUUCAAUGCUCUUCCUGCCGUUUUGUGACUGAAAUCGGGGCACACAAUAGGCGGCCUCCUCUUUCCAUUCAGCAGGCGCAAGCUCGGGAUCAGAGAAGACGACGUCGUUCCACCGGAGUCCGGUAGCCUGUACAAUCUUGAAUUGUUAAUCACACAUGCUAAUUUUAUUGUAUAUCUUACAGCUAUUAGUUUCCUUCCAUUUCUUGUAUCAGUUUGGCGUAGUAAUAUGCUAAACGCUUCAAAACGUUUCAUCAGUUCAUUGUUAGUGUCUCAUUUCGUAUUUCA